GAACUUGACGAAUUUAAUAUUAAUAAUAUUUCAUCUGAGCUCACAAGACUUGAAAAAUCUGGAUCAAGUUAUGAUGAAGAAAUUAGUGAUACUAGUUCUAUUUCAAAUAUCUCUCGUAAAAAUAGUAAUUUUAAAGGAUUGAUGGAAGGAUUUGAGGGACAAGGUAAAAUUGAUAUUAUCAAUGGUAAAAUGAAAUUUAAAGGAAAAUUUAAUUAUAAUAAAUAA